GUUUUUCUUAUCGACAUUUGUGGUAAAUAAAAAGUGCAAAAACCGCUGCUAAAUCGGCCGAGAAGUGCAAUGAUAUAGCCGUCAUAUCUGAUAUGUCCAAGCGCAACAUAACGUACGUCAAGCCGCAAGAACCGAGUUUUCUGGCCAAGUUAAAGGCUGAAAUUGGCUACAAGGAGGGACCCACCGUAGAGACCAAGCGCCAGCGAUUGGAUCCGCAGGAUCAGGAGGAUUACGAUUCUGAGGAGGAUUCGCGGGAGGACGAACAGCCGCAGGUGGUCGUCCUUAAGCCGGGAGAUCUAUCCGCUGAAGAGGCCAAAACGGAGAAACUGUUGGCCUCCAAAGAAUUAGCCGAAAAGCGAGCGGAUCUGACGAAGCCCAUAGUCUUCAAGCAGCGUGUCAAGCAGCCCAAUAUCGAGAAAAAUAAGCCCGAAUCCGAAGCCAACAGGAAGUCCGAAAAGUCCAGCACCAAGACCUCCAAGACCAAAAAGCCCAAGGCCGCCAGUAGUAAACUGUCCUUCAACGAGGACGAGGAGGACGAGACGUCCCAGGAUUGA